AUGUCUAAAAGCAAAACCUUUUUAUUUACUUCUGAGUCCGUUGGUGAAGGUCACCCAGACAAGAUUUGUGACCAAGUCUCCGAUGCUGUCUUGGAUGCUUGUUUGGAACAAGAUCCAUACUCUAAGGUCGCUUGUGAAACUGCUGCCAAGACUGGUAUGAUUAUGGUUUUUGGUGAAAUUACCACUAAGGCUAAGUUGGACUACCAACAAAUUGUCAGAGACACCAUCAAGAAGAUUGGUUACGAUGAUUCUGCCAAGGGUUUCGAUUACAAGACUUGUAAUGUUUUGGUUGCUAUUGAACAGCAAUCUCCAGAUAUUGCUCAAGGUUUACAUUAUGAACAGAACUUGGAGGAUUUAGGUGCCGGUGACCAAGGUAUCAUGUUUGGUUACGCUACUGAUGAAACUCCAGAAGGUUUACCAUUGACCAUUCUAUUGGCCCACAAAUUGAAUAUGGCUAUGGCUGACGCUAGAAGAGACGGUUCCAUUCCAUGGUUGAGACCAGACACAAAGACCCAGGUCACAGUUGAAUACGAAGACGACAAUGGUAGAUGGGUUCCAAAGAGAAUAGAUACCGUUGUUAUCUCUGCUCAACAUGCUGAUGAAAUUUCCACCGCUGAUUUGAGAACUCAACUACAAACAGACAUCGUCGAAAAGGUCAUUCCUAAAGACAUGUUAGACGAAAACACGAAGUACUUCAUCCAACCCUCCGGUAGAUUCGUUAUCGGUGGCCCUCAAGGUGAUGCUGGUUUGACUGGUAGAAAGAUCAUUGUCGAUGCCUACGGUGGUGCUUCGUCCGUCGGUGGUGGUGCCUUCUCCGGUAAGGAUUACUCCAAGGUCGAUCGUUCUGCUGCUUAUGCCGCUAGAUGGGUUGCUAAAUCUUUAGUUGCCGCUGGUUUGUGUAAGAGAGUUCAAGUUCAAUUUUCUUAUGCUAUCGGUAUCGCUGAACCAUUGUCCUUGCAUGUGGACACCUAUGGUACAGCUACUAAAUCUGAUGAUGAAAUCAUUGCUAUCAUUAAGAAGAAUUUCGACUUGAGACCAGGUGUCUUAGUGAAAGAAUUGGAUUUGGCUAGACCAAUUUACUUGCCAACUGCUUCUUAUGGUCAUUUCACCAACCAAGAAUAUUCCUGGGAAAAGCCAAAGAAAUUGGACAUUUAA